GCAAAAGGAAAACAAACAACGACGGCGUGUUUUCGAUUUUCCGCGAAGAAAUUCCAAGUUUUCCUCGUUUUCCCGGCGAUUUUCCCUUCUACCUGCCACUAAAAUGGAGGAUGGAGAUUACGAUAACGAUGACGUCGGUGGAGACGAAUUCGACGAUGUCGAGGACGACGACAAUAUCGACGAGCUGAACCAGGAAGAGGACGGAGAUAACAUCGAGAUCAUCAAUCCUAGCCAGGCGGGCGGUGGCGUGCCGAAAAACAAACGCAUCACCACAAAGUACAUGACCAAGUACGAGCGGGCGCGGGUGCUCGGUACUCGGGCACUCCAGAUUGCGAUGUGCGCCCCGAUCAUGGUGGAGCUAGAGGGUGAAACGGAUCCGCUACAGAUCGCGAUGAAAGAGCUAAAACAACGCAAAAUUCCCAUCAUUAUCCGCCGAUAUCUGCCCGAUUCGUCCUACGAAGAUUGGAGCAUCGAUGAGCUGAUCAUUAUCGAUCAUUAGUAUUAAUCCGUGUUUGUAAGUUUGAGGAAAGGUGAAUUGACUUUAUUUUAAAAUGGGGUAACACAGUCUAGCUCCAGCUAAACCCGCCAGCAUCCAGACUGAACAAUAAACGCUCGGUAUCGAACACGGAAUCCUUCGU